GGAGGUACCUGGAACUGGGAGUGAUGUCAGCUCCCAGCUCCGAGCCUGCCCGGAUUCCUGACAUGGUGUAGGGCCGAGAGGGUGGGGAAGGCGGGAGCCGGACGGCAAAGGAUUGGGGUUUGCGAGCCUGCUGCGGGGCUCGAGUGUUGGGGCUUUGAACUCCGACGGAAGGUGAACCAGAACUUCUGGAACUAGUGCCAGCGGCUCUCCACCCCCCAGGCCCACGUAAAGCAGGUCACCGGGAAACCUCUGCUGAGAGCCUCAGUCAGAGCUCAGCCCGUGAACUCUGCUGGAAGCAGUAUAAAAGAACUUUAUGGAUCAGUUUACUACUAAGUACAUGCAAGAUUUGAAGAGCUGAAGAAAACAUCAGUAUUAAACUUGUUUUCUUUAAAUAUCUACGUUGGAAUUUGCCCUUGACAAGUAACAAAAUGAUGAGUGAUGCCAGUGACAUGUUGGCUGCAGCGCUGGAGCAGAUGGAUGGCAUUAUAGCAGGUUCUAAGGCCCUAGAAUAUUCCAACGGGAUUUUUGAUUGCCAGUCUCCCACCUCCCCAUUCAUGGGAAGCUUGCGAGCUCUGCACCUUGUGGAAGACCUGCGUGGAUUGUUGGAGAUGAUGGAAACAGAUGAGAAGGAAGGCUUGAGAUGCCAAAUCCCAGAUUCAACAGCAGAAACGCUCAUCGAAUGGCUUCAGAGUCAAAUGACAAAUGGACACCUACCUGGGAAUGGAGAUGUGUAUCAAGAAAGGCUAGCACGUUUAGAAAAUGAUAAAGAAUCCCUUGUUCUUCAGGUAAGUGUGUUAACAGACCAGGUAGAGGCACAGGGAGAGAAGAUUCGAGAUUUGGAGUUCUGUCUUGAAGAGCACAGAGAGAAGCUGAACGCCACAGAAGAAAUGCUGCAGCAGGAGCUUCUGAGUAGGACAUCCUUAGAAACUCAGAAGUUGGAUCUGAUGGCUGAAAUAUCCAACUUGAAGUUAAAACUGACAGCUGUAGAGAAGGACAGGUUGGAUUAUGAAGAUAGGUUCAGAGACACAGAGGGGCUAAUGCAGGAGAUCAAUGAUUUGAGGUUGAGAGUCAGUGAAAUGGACAGUGAAAGACUUCAGUACGAAAAAAAGCUGAAAUCAACCAAAUCUUUAAUGGCCAAACUUUCUAGCAUGAAAAUCAAAGUGGGUCAGAUGCAGUAUGAAAAACAGCGGAUGGAACAAAAAUGGGAGUCACUGAAGGAAGAACUGGCAUCUUUAAAAGAACAGCUGGAAGAGAAGGAAUCCGAAGUAAGAAGGCUACAAGAAAAAUUGGUGUGCAAGAUGAAAGGAGAAGGGAUUGAAAUACUUGAUCAAGAUAUUGAAGUACAAAAAAUGAAAAAGGCUGUGGAGUCUUUGAUGGCAGCAAAUGAAGAAAAGGAUCGGAAAAUAGAAGAUCUUCGACAGUGCUUGAACAGGUACAAGAAAAUGCAAGAUACAGUGGUAUUGGCCCAAGGUAAAAAAGGCCAAGAUGGCGACUAUGAAGAUCUGCUCACUUCCAGUUCUGUCUCCACUUUGCUGGAUGUACAGGGUUUUAGUGAUCUGGAGAAAAGUCUGUCACCUAUACCAGUAAUAGGAUCUCCCAGUCAUGACCCAUUUAACACAAGUGUUUCAGAAGAGUUCCACACCAGCAUCUUGCAAGUUUCGAUCCCUUCAUUAUUGCCAGCAUCUAAAGGCUUGGAAACUUCUGAAAAAGCGAAAUUGCCUCCUAAGCCAGAGAUUUCAUUUGAAGAGAAUGAUGGAAAAAUAAUCCUUGGUGCUGCUGUUGAAACCCAACUGUGUGAUAGUCUUUCGACUUCAAGUCUGCAAAAGUCUAGCAGCCUGGGCAAUCUGAAGAAAGAGUCGUCAGAUGGGGAAAAGGAGUCUAUUCAGAAGCCUUCAGAGGAUAAAGCUCCAGGAGAAAGCAGCCCAUUUGGGAGCCUCCCUCCCAAAGCCCCGGGACACGAUGCCUCCAUGGAUGACAACCCCUUUGGCACUCGAAAAGCCAGAUCUUCCUUUGGUCGUGGCUUUUUUAAAAUAAAAAGUAACAAGAGGACAGCAAGUGCACCAAACUUGGAUCGUAAACGAAGUGCCAGUGCACCCACCUUAGCUGAAACAGAAAAGGAGACUGCCGAGCACCUAGAUCUGGCUGGUAUAUCUUCUCGGCCAAAAGAUGCACAGGGGAGCAGUCCUUUCCAGAUGUCUCCACCAUCACCAGAUUCCAAAAAAAAAUCCAGAGGCAUCAUGAAACUCUUUGGAAAACUUAGGAGAAGUCAAUCAACUACAUUCAACCCAGAAGAUAUGUCUGAGCCUGAAUUCAAAAGAGGAGGGACAAGGGCAACUGCAGGGCCCCGAUUGGGUUGGUCUAGAGAUUUGGGACAAACUAACAGUGACUUGGAUAUGCCAUUUGCCAAGUGGACCAAGGAGCAGGUUUGCAGUUGGCUUGUGGAACAGGGCUUGGGGUCCUACCUGAAUUCUGGCAAGCACUGGAUUGCAUCUGGCCAAACGCUUUUGCAGGCAUCUCAACAAGAUCUAGAGAAGGAACUUGGAAUCAAGCAUUCACUUCAUCGAAAGAAACUCCAGCUGGCACUGCAAGCCCUGGGAUCCGAAGAAGAAACCAAUCAUGGAAAGCUGGAUUUCAACUGGGUCACUAGAUGGUUGGAUGAUAUUGGUCUUCCCCAGUACAAGACCCAGUUUGAUGAAGGACGAGUAGAUGGUCGAAUGCUCCAUUACAUGACUGUUGAUGACUUACUGUCUUUGAAGGUUGUGAGUGUGCUACAUCAUCUCAGUAUCAAAAGGGCCAUCCAGGUCCUGAGGAUCAAUAACUUUGAACCAAACUGUCUACGGAGGCGGCCGUCUGAUGAGAAUAGCAUCACCCCAUCAGAGGUUCAGCAGUGGACCAAUCAUCGAGUAAUGGAGUGGCUGCGCUCUGUGGACCUGGCAGAAUAUGCCCCCAAUCUUAGAGGCAGUGGUGUCCAUGGUGGGCUCAUGGUUCUAGAACCUCGCUUUAAUGUAGAAACAAUGGCUCAGUUAUUGAACAUCCCACCAAGUAAGACCCUGUUGAGAAGACAUUUGGCCACUCAUUUCAACCUUCUGAUCGGUGCUGAGGCCCAACACCAGAAGCGUGAUGCCAUGGAGUUGCCAGAUUAUGUACUCCUAACAGCUACUGCCAAAGUGAAGCCAAAGAAACUUACCUUCAGCAAUUUUGGGAACCUGAGAAAGAAGAAACAGGAAGAUGGGGAAGAAUAUGUUUGUCCAAUGGACUUGGGACAGGCAUCAGGAAGUACAUCUAAGAAAGGCUUUAAAUCUGGUUUGGACAUGCGCCUAUAUGACGAAGAUGAUUUGGACCGGUUAGAGCAGAUGGAAGAUUCAGAAGGGACAGUGAGACAGAUAGGUGCAUUCUCUGAAGGCAUCAACAAUCUGACACACAUGUUAAAGGAAGAUGACAUGUUUAAAGAUUUUGCUGCCCGUUCCCCCAGUGCCAGCAUUACCGACGAAGACUCAAACGUUUGACCGCACCUAGAUGAACGUUAGAAGCCAUUCGUCAUUUUCCACUUUAUUUCUCAAACAUUCACAGUAUAUACCACAAGAAACAGAUUGUAUGUCAUUUAUUGUACAGCUUCUGCUCACUUAGAAGUGGAAAUGGAAAGCAGAGGAUACGUGCCUAUUCUGAAGUUGCCAUGAAAAAUGAGACACUGGUGAAAGAGAGUAUAAUUGUUUUUCCUCUAUUUAAUGUAAAAAUCUGUGAUAUAUUAUAUUUAAAGUGUUGCAUUUAAUAUGAGUAUUUUACCAUAGUGUUUCCAUUCACGUUCACAGCAUGGAGGGUUUGAGAAGCAGUAACCAGUAUGUGAAUGAUUUUGUCACAUCAGUGUGACGGCACUGCAGCCACCGAAGGAGGACGUCAUAUGCUUUCAAAAUCAAUACGUGGAAUUUCUUUGAGCAUUCACUGUGCCCACUAAAUGCCAGCCACACCUCCACUUGCCUCCUUUUGUCCUAUUUUUAUAUAUUUUUCUAAAUAUAUGUAAAUAUUUAGUACAUAGAAAAUAGAACUUUUAUUUUGUGGCCUAAGGAAGAUGGUAAAAAGAUCACAUAAAAAAAAAAUACAGUGAUCAAAAUUUUCAUAUACCAGCUGGUUCUUGGAGAGGUCAGGAUGAUCUUUCUCCACAACUGAAUUUUAAUAAUGUUGAUCAUUCAGACUAAAUUAGUAUAUAUUAAAUAUCCCUUCUUUGAUGACACAUCACAAAAUUGUUGAAUAGUUUUUUAAGAAUUUCAACCUUAAUCUUGGAUCCUUUUACCUCAUAGGAAGAAGUUGAGGAAAAUUUAAAUACUAUUAACUUUAAUGCAUUCAGAAGCUCCCCCAAAAUUUAUAGAAUAAUUUCUGAAGAAACAAAAUCAAAACAAAAACCUUCACAGUAUUAAAUUUUUUUAUUUUCCUCAUUGCUAAAUAUAUCCUUACAUCAAAAUACUAACAGUCUGCCUAAUGUUAUUAAUUGUACAUUUCUCGGGCUUUCGAGGGAUGAGAUUUUUUUUUAAAGCUGAAUAUUUGUUUCAACAUUUUGUCUCAGAGUUCAAUAACUCUGAGUCUGCAAAAUUAGUUUUAUAAUGGCUAUAUUGUGAUGAUAAAAUGUAGUUCAUGUUUUUUGGUAGCACAGGGCCCAAAUAUUCUUUAUAAAGAAUAUAGAAAGCUGCAGCAAAAACUGUUACUGUGUUUAUUAUUUUUUUAGGGACAUUAGAAAAAAUAUUCUAUUUUUUAUUCAGUACUACGUCAUUACUCAUGAUAGCCAACUGUGGUAAAGACAGGUUCUCACAAAUUCACAUAGGGGUGGGCAGUUCAAUAUAUGCCAGUGGACUUGCUUAUAAACUAUAUUUGAAUGUCAGUGGUAUGGUCUUUCAAGUUAUCAGCAAGUUAUGAAGCUUUUCAUCAAGGAAGUUGUAAUACUAAAUUACUAUUUAUUCAUACCUAAAAUGAUCUGACGCUAAUAAUAAUCUUUUGCUCCCUACCAUUCAUUAUUUGGUGACUGUAUUGGACUCCUAUUGUAUUUGGGUUUUAUUUUAAUGUUAAUAUAUGCCACCAUUUGAAAAACAGUUUGUUAUCUGAACCUGCUUAAAAAUACCCAGAGACUGUUAUAGAUGCCAAAUAUUCUUUAUUCAGGACAAUGUAACAUAACUGAUGAUAUGUGAUAAGGUUAAAAUUUUUUUGAUGAUAUAUAUUUUAUUUACAAAAUAUUAUACACUGCUGGUAUUACCAUAUGAAAAGAAAUAAAGUCAAUUGAUAAUUGCCUCAUA